AUGGAGGACGAGAAACAACCUAUCAACGAGGGCUCGAACCGUGCCUCGCCGGAUGCGGGUGCUGACGGUACGAUACUAAUGAAUAACGAAGACUAUUCGCAAUGGUCGGUUGACGAUGUGAUCAGCUGGUGUAUUCCCACGCUGGAGGUGGAAGAAUCUGAUGUGUUAUGCCGGAAUCUACGAGAAAACGAUAUCGUGGGAGACCUCUUGCCGGAAUUGUCCUUGCAAGAUUGCCAAGAAUUGUGUGAAGAUGAUCUGAAUAAGGCAAUAAAAUUCAAGAUAUUGAUCAAUAAACUAAGGGACACCAAGUUGGAGUGGAAGGACGACAAGACGCACAAUGACAUGGUGACGGUGCUGAAAAAUUUGUACACCACAACGUCUGCCAAAUUGCAGGAGUUCCAAUCGCAGUACACAAGGCUUAGGAUGGACGUCUUGGAAGUGAUGAAGACUAGCUCGAGUUCUUCGCCCAUCAACACGCAAGGACCCCCCGCCACGGCACCUUCCUCAAAUAGCACAAUCAUACCCAUGAAUGAUGGUUUGUCCCUUUCACAAACAGAUUAUUUUGACACGGCACAUCACCGACAAUCGCCAUCAAGGAGAGAAUCCCCGGUGACGGUAUUUAGACAGCCCAGUCUUUCUCAUUCGAAAUCGUUACUCAAGGAGAGCAAGCAAAAAGUACCUCAAAUAUCCACAAUUCAUGCCUCAACUACGUCGACAGCGAACACACCAGGACCAUCGCCUAACGAGGCGUUGAAGCAAUUGCGUGCCUCUAAGGAGGACUCAUGCGAAAGGAUUCUGAAAAAUGCAAUGAAAAGACAUAACCUGGCCGAUCACGAUUGGAGGCAGUAUGUCUUGGUCAUAUGCUAUGGGGAUCAAGAGAGACUGUUGGAACUACAUGAAAAGCCUGUAAUCAUAUUCAAGAACUUAAAGCAACAGGGUCUGCACCCCGCCAUUAUGUUAAGGAGACGAGGUGAUUUCGAGGAAGUAGCAGUGACGAAUGGGGGCGACAAUAUUACCCCUGGUGGGAGGCUCUAG